AUGGCAACCCAAGCGCAAAGCGACGUCCUGCUGGUCCGUCGCGUCGAAGGGAAGGGUCUGACCGUGCUCUUCUUGAACGGGUCAGAUCUGUCCAAGUGUUGGCGAGAGCAAAACUUGAGCGAAGACAAUGUGGAGGCGCUGGAGGCAGCGACAACGACGAAGUGCGCGUUGUGUCUGGACGGGAUCAAUCAAGUGGACGGUCUGUUGAAGAAAGUCCGACUGCAGUCGUUUUCGGUGCUGGCAACUUCAGGCCAGUACAAGAAAUCGCAAAGUCAAGCAGGCGUCGUGGACCUGUGUCUUGUGCCGUAUUGGUCGCUUGAAGAUUUGAAAGCUGUCGGACGCAGAAUCAACGGAUGGGACGACGACUGUGUGGAGCAAAAGUACUACAUCGGCGGGAGUUGCCUCCGACUGUUUCUCAUGUCCAUCGAAGAUGCCAGAAUCGCCAUCUUGUUGGCUGUCGGCACUGUGGAUGUCAGCACGGCUGACCUGUUGAAGACCCAGCACGGCCCCCGCUCGGCUGGUCAAGUCGACAGCAUUCGAAUGGCCACCCUCGACUCGUCCAAGGUGGCCAACUACAGCAACCCCGACAUGUGGUCCUACGCUAUCACGUCGAUGUACGCCCUGGGGAAGAUUGGUGAAAUCGUGCCCUUGGGUUAUUUCAAAGAUCUUUGCUUCAAAGCCCACGCACUGAACGACUUUGGGUUGUUUGGGAUUGCGUUCGAGAACUACGUCCAUGCCACGGCCCAAAACAACGGUGAAAUCAAACUCUGGGUACGCGACUACGAGAGGCAGUUGCUCCAUCAACCCAAGAACGCCAAGCUCGACUACUCGUAUGCUACGACGACGAUCACCACACAAUCGUGUUCGUACCGUGGGCAUACACAAGAACAGUAUGAGGCAAUCAUGCGCGAGUGGACAACUGGGUUGGAGUAUUGGUACCCUGCAGGUCGGUCGUUGAAGACCAUUGAUGCCGUCGCAAAGCAAGGCGAUCGCUUCUUGUUGUUACAGGUGACCAAGUCGACAAGUCAUUCCAUCAACAGUGCAAACCUGGCGACCAUUGCCA